UCCCUCCCCCCCUCAAAUAACAAAUUCGGGAUCCAAGCAUGCCACAACAGCAGCUAGGUAUCCGCCUAUCCUCCCCCAAAGUCACCGCAGGCGCAGCAGCAGGCUUCCCCCGUCCGAGAGAGCACGGAGACUCCACCGAGUGAUGCCACUACUGCAGCAAGAAAAGCACCCAGCAACCGCGCAUAUUCUCGACGCCUGCCGGAGGACCCGACUCCACAGUCUCGGCCCUUGACAGAAGAGAGAGCCCCCCCACUCCCCCUCGGCUCCGUUCCCGUCCCGACUCCAGGAUGUCCGACAGCAACGCAAGUCCCGCCGACCGGGUGAUCAAAUCGGUCCCCUUCCCCCUGGCCCACCGGCUUACCAUGAAGGAGGUGUUUGACGCCGAAGGCCGGCCGCGGGUGGACCUGCUCAAAGCUCACCUUACCAAGGAGGGCCGACUGGAGGAGGCCGUGGCCCUGCGCAUCAUCGAUGAGGGCGCCGCUAUCCUGCGCCAGGAGCGCACUAUGUUGGACAUUGAGGCGCCAGUCACGGUGUGUGGAGAUAUCCAUGGCCAGUUCUUCGACCUGAUGAAGCUGUUUGAAGUGGGAGGUUCUCCUGCCAACACACGCUACCUCUUCCUAGGGGACUAUGUGGACAGGGGCUACUUCAGUAUUGAGUGUGUGCUAUACCUGUGGUCACUGAAAAUCCUCUACCCAAAGACACUCUUUCUUCUACGGGGAAACCAUGAAUGUAGACAUCUGACAGAAUAUUUCACCUUCAAACAAGAAUGUAAGAUCAAGUAUUCAGAGCAGGUGUAUGACUCCUGCAUGGAGGCGUUUGAUUGCCUGCCCCUGGCAGCCCUGAUGAACCAGCAGUUCCUGUGUGUGCACGGAGGGCUUUCACCAGAGAUUCACACGCUGGACGACAUCAAGAAGUUGGACCGGUUCAAGGAGCCCCCAGCAUUUGGGCCCAUGUGCGACCUGCUGUGGGCCGACCCCCUGGAAGACUUUGGCAAUGAGAAGACCCAGGAGUACUUUGGCCACAACACAGUCAGAGGCUGCUCCUAUUUCUACAGUUACCCAGCAGUGUGCGAGUUCCUACAGACCAACAACCUGCUGUCAAUCAUCAGAGCGCAUGAAGCACAGGAUGCUGGGUACCGUAUGUACAGGAAGAGUCAGACUACAGGUUUCCCCUCCCUCAUCACAAUCUUCUCCGCUCCAAACUACCUGGAUGUCUACAAUAACAAAGCUGCGGUGCUGAAGUAUGAGAACAACGUGAUGAACAUCCGUCAGUUCAACUGCUCUCCUCACCCCUACUGGCUGCCCAACUUUAUGGACGUCUUCACCUGGUCACUGCCUUUCGUGGGAGAAAAGGUAACUGAGAUGCUGGUCAAUGUCCUGAGUAUCUGCUCUGAUGACGAGCUCAUGAAUGACGGAGAGGAGAUCUUCGAUGCCAGUGCAGCAGCAGCCAGGAAAGAGGUGAUCAAAAACAAGAUUCGAGCCAUUGGGAAGAUGGCUAAAAUGUUCUCUGUUCUACGGGAGGAGAGUGAGAACGUGUUGACCCUGAAGGGACUGACCCCUACAGGCAUGCUGCCCAGUGGAGUGCUGUCUGGGGGCAAACAGACCUUGCAGAGCGCUACCAUUGAGGCCAUUGAAGCCAUCGAGACAGUUAAGGACGCUGAAGCCAUCCGAGGCUUCUCCCCGCAGCAUCGGAUCAGCAGUUUCGAGGAGGCCAAAGGUCUGGAUCGGAUCAACGAGAGGAUGCCUCCGCGACGUGAUGCCGUCAACAGCGUGGGCCUGUCAAUGGGCCGCAUGAACAUGGGCGAGCCCAAUGGGACCGACAGCAACAGCAAUAUACAGUGAUGGACAUACCCUCCCACAUACCCAGACACAUACCUGCAGUUACAACAACUCUCAUAUGGUACCAUAUUUAUAGAUACUUGUACAUAGGCAUAUAUACACAAGAAAAUGCACCACACAAACAUAGUAUUACAUACACUGAAUGGGCUACAGACAACAUCACACACACAUGCAAUCUCUCACACACACACACACACACACACACACACACACAAUUAUCUACCCCAUUCCCGUUGCCCUCAGCUGUAUGUAAAGGCAUGAGCGUACCCGGACUAUACCACCAAAGGCUGAAUCUCUUCACUGAACUGAUGGGCCCUAUAUAAAGAACUACAACUCCCAUGUACCUGCACAACAACAGGAAAGAAACAACAAAAACACUCCCCAUGCAAAACAGGAGGAGCUGCUGUUACACACACCAUGUAUGUUGGGGAUCAACAGUGGGUUGACAGUGUCAGCAUGACAUGGCUGUCCGUGGUGUGUGCUGUGUCAGGCGGGGUCAAGAGUUUGCACGGAAGAUGGGGGUGGCAAUCAGGGGCGGGGGCGUUAAAGAUAUGUAUGCUUCUUUUUCCUGUUUGCAAACAGGGAGUGGAACCAAACUUGCGAUAGGUUGAUUUUAUAGAGUCGUGGAUAUGCCUGCCUGCGUGUGUGCACAUGCUUCAACAUGUAAAUGUCCGUGCAGUUAUAUUUGAAUAUGUGUUUGCAAACACGAGCUGAUCUCGCCAUCAGCCAGCGAGAAAAUUUUUGAUGUGUGGUGUGGUAUCUGUUGCCAAGAGAUGUGUGGAGAUAAUCUCAGCUGCAGUCUAAUCUGAGCCCUCGCUGUCCUUUUCUUCUCGGGAGGAGAUUCCCGUUUGCUUUUG